AUGCAGGGUGCAAGGUUUGUAGAGACAAAUUUAGUAUAGAAAAUGUUAAGAGAUUAAAACUAUGAUUUCCAUAAAAAGAAAUUAGAUGAAAUUUAAACUGAGUAAUGAUUUUUGUUAUAUGGUUAAUAGUAAAAAGUCAAGAUUUGUUUUUAAGGAUCUACCUAUCCUAAGUAAAACAUAAUAGAUAAAAGCAUAAUCUUCUAGAUUUUAGAAAUCAGAAUAAAGAAAAAGAAUAGAUGAAUAAAAUUAAUAUUUGAGUUCUCAUAUAAUUGAAAUAUAAGAUGGUAAGAACUCUUAAUUCAGAUCAAUAUGGACAGUGUAAAAUUUAAGAGAGAAAGCAUAUGUAAUUGAUUUCAAGAGAUUUAAUAGGCUGAUACUUCUUAAUGGUGUGAAAACAAUUUGGGUAAAAGACUUCAUUCACCUUUAAGAAGGAAAUAGUAGUAAAAGAUUGAUGAAGAAAACUAAGAACUAUAAAAAAGACUUGAAUUAACCAAAUAAAUCUUAUUAGAAAAGUAAUAAGAACAAAUAUCUAAAUAUGAAAAGCUUCGUGAUCAUAUGACUCGAGUAUAAAAGACUUAUAAAGUUAGAUAAAAUCUAAGGGACCUAAUUCUCCAAUGAUGAAUACUCAUUUUCCAUCAUUAAAGAGUAAAAGCACUACUCAAUGAAUAAACAAGCCACAUUAAACUG